AUUACUACCCUAACCCGUUAAUUAUAUAGCUGGGCUAGGGUUUUGCCCCAGGGUCUCUCUAUCAUUUUACAUUCGAAGCUGUAAAGAGCUGCCGCUGCCAUUCAGCCCCUCCUCCAUACCUAAGACGAAGGUUAAUUAGAGAGAUUAACCAUGGCGGCUACUGCUGAUCCUGUUGCUGCUGCUAUUGCUGUACCUAAGACUGAUGAGAAUCUUGUUCACACCGAUGUCAUGCUUUUCAACCGUUGGUCUUAUGAUGAUGUUUCGAUCGGUGAUCUUUCAGUUGAGGAUUACAUUACUGCAACUGCAGCUAAGCAUCCAACAUACAUGCCUCACACUGCUGGAAGAUACCAAGCUAGGAGGUUUAGGAAGGCCCAGUGCCCAAUUGUUGAGAGGAUGACCAACUCCCUUAUGAUGCACGGGAGAAACAACGGAAAGAAGUUGUUGGCAGUCCGCAUCAUCAAGCAUGCUAUGGAAAUCAUCCACCUCUUAACCGACCAGAACCCAAUCCAAGUCAUUGUUGACGCUGUUAUCAACAGUGGUCCAAGAGAAGAUGCCACCCGUAUUGGUUCUGCUGGUGUGGUGAGGCGUCAGGCUGUUGAUAUCUCUCCAUUAAGACGUGUCAAUCAGGCAAUUUAUCUUCUCACAACUGGUGCACGAGAGAGUGCUUUCAGGAACGUCAAGACUAUUGCUGAAUGCCUUGCUGAUGAGCUCAUCAACGCCGCCAAAGGUUCUUCUAACAGCUACGCAAUCAAGAAGAAGGAUGAGAUUGAAAGGGUUGCCAAGGCCAAUCGUUGAGCAAGAAUUUACUGUCAUAGCUGCAUUUCUGCAUUUUUGUUUGUAGUAUGAAACUAUUCAGUGAUGUGGGGAUUUGAGAGAUAAUCUUAUCUGGUUUUGAUAUUUGCUAAAGAUCCAACAGUUGUCUGUUUAAUUUGAUGUUUAUUGAAUUUUUUAAAAUAUGGUUA